AUGCCUCAGGUCAUUGUCCUGCUGGAAAGUGAACCUCCAUCCCAGUCUCAAAUCAUUCUCCUGCAUUCUUUGUUUGUCUGGAUUGAGCUUCCUCUCAAGUCUCUCUGUGUGAUCACUGCAGACAUAGAUGAAUGUGCAACAGGCACACACAGUUGCGGGCCUGGGCACACCUGCUACAACACCAGAGGCUCCUUCACGUGCCAGUGUCCUCUUGGCUACUAUCAGAACGGGGGCUGUGUCGACAGAGACGAGUGUGCCCUGAGGCACUACUGCAUGCAAGGAUGUGUGAAUACCCAGGGCUCAUACUACUGUGAAUGCCAUCCCGGUUACAAAUUAGCCAACAACAACCACUCAUGUAUAGAUGUGAAUGAAUGUGAUGUGGAAAAUCCAUGUCAGCAUCAAUGCUACAACCUGAUGGGCUCCUUCCUGUGUCAGUGCAACAACGGCUUUGAGCUGGCUGCAGACAAGGUCUCCUGCCAAGACAUUGACGAAUGCAGCUUGUCCAGCUACAUGUGUCAGUUCCAGUGUAUUAACAACCCUGGGAGUUACUCAUGCGAGUGCCCGCAAGGAUAUCAGCUCCAGGGAAACAGGUUGUGUCAAGACAUGAACGAGUGUGAGAUGGGGACUCACAACUGCCAAGACGAUGAAAUGUGCUGGAACUAUUAUGGAGGCUUUCGCUGUUAUCCCAGAAACCCCUGCGAUUCUCUUUACACCCUGACCUCUGAAAAUCGCUGUGUUUGUCAAUCUCAAGCCGAGUGCCAGGGUCUCCCUCCGUCAAUAGUCUACAAAUACAUGAGCAUCCAGGCGGACCGAUCUGUGCCAGCGGACAUUUUCCAGAUUCAGGCCACCAAUAUGUUCACCAACACACGCAACAAUUUCAGGAUUAAAGCCGGAAAUGAAGGCGGAGAGUUUUUCCUUCGGCGUUCCAGUAACGUAGGUGCCAUGCUGGUGCUUACCAAGCCUUUGUCGGGGCCCAAGGAGUACGUGGUGGACCUGGAGAUGAUCACUCACCAUCUGACCAUGAACUACCAGUCCAGCUCCCUGCUGCGGCUCACCAUCAUAGUGGGGGCUUAUCCCUUCUGAGCUUUAGCGGUCCUAGCAGCUCCCAUAGGUCUGGUUUCAGCAAACAUAGCAAAAGCCUUUAUCACUAUACGCUACAUCCUCUCUCUCAGUACAAGCAUAUAACAUAGCCUUCCUCACAUUUAAACACCAGCAAAAGCUGUUCUUAUAUAGUUGCUGAAAAACUAAACCAAAUCUGUGCUAUGACAUCACCGUUAGCCAUCAUGUUCUAGUCAGCGUGCCUUGAUCUUCAAAUACAUGCCAUCUAUAAUCUUUUAAAUUCAGUUGUAAUCUUUUGUUUUUUGCUAAAUUCCAAACAACUGGAAAAAAGUGCAGUGGCACUCAUGAGAGGAAGCCUUGUGGACACACUAACUGGAUUAUAUUUAAAUUCAGCUCUACUUAUUGGACAUUCGUCCCUUUUUUUUUCAAAUCAGAACUGCUUUAACUAAUCAGUGGAUGCACCUGUAGUUUGAGAAAGCCACACUUGGACAAAUAUCCAGCAUUAGCAGCUUUUUAUGCAAUAGUAAUCUACAGUUUUUACUGCCACGCUUCUAUUGAGGAAUAUUAGAGGUUAGGGGUGCAGGUUUCUGCGUGGUUUGCCUCAUAAGUGACAAUUUCCAGAGAACUAGGAACAGUUCAAAAGUGUACAAGAGAGGUAAUUCCCCAUUGAGUUGAGGGAGUGUUAAACUUUCUUUUGCAGCGGGCUUAAAGUUUGGAGACCAGACACACAAGAGUAACGACAUGUAUAUAAAUAGGUAAAAGAAAAUAAAAAUCUUUGUACGUGCCGAUGUUGAUGAAUGCGUGUGCGCCGCUAGCUUUGUUUAUGCAUGAAUGCAGAUGUAAGUGUGAAACACAGCGGGAGAGAAGGGGAAAGAAUGAGAAAGUGUUCGCUUUCCUUUCUUGGGUUCGGUGGAUGUGGCCGAGCUGUUUAUGCGUUUCUGUGAUGCCAUCCCAGCAGCGUCCAUCACAGAGCCAAUAACAGAGACCGUUAAACUCGAGAACACAUACAGGAAAUGAUGGUUUUGGUAACACACCUUGGCAACUCCACCACUCUCCGCUGCUGCGGUUAUUCACCAGAGUUACAGCUAGACUCUAAUGUCAGUCCUAGUCAAGAAGUCACACUGGCACCAGGCUGGCUUGCGUUAUAAAAGAUAAUUGCUGUGUUUUGCCCUGUAGCGGCUUCAUGCUUGACACAGGGGAUUAUUAAAGUGUUAAUACAAUGCCACCAGACGUUUGGCGGAGUGAGAGAUCUUUCACUACCUGUUCUGCCUUUUCUGGCUCCAUGUGUCUGCUCUCUGGCUCAAUGCUGAAACACUGUAAACUGUUGAUUCACACCACUGCGAAACGGACAUGUUGUCAUCACCCUGUAAGUGCAAAAAGCUGCCAAGUUUUGCCUUAAGAUAAUCCCGUUUGUGUGGUUUCAGCUCUCAUUAAGUCGUUUUGCCUUCAUGCCCUGUACAAAACCUGUAACACUAAGCAAAGCAUUCAUGCUGUCAAGACUUUUUACUUUCCUCAGUGAGAUACCUUAAUGUUUUGUUUCAUUUUCUAUUUAAAUAUAUAUUUUGUCGUUUAUAUCUUGUAAUGAUUGUACUCUGAAGAGCAAAAGCUAUAUUGUUUAAUAAAGUGUGAUAUAAAAAUCUG